AUGGGUGCGUCGCUUUGGUUCAAUGCUCAGCCCCUGUCAUUGCCGCUAAUCCACUUGCCGGUCGACGCGUGCGGGGUUUUGCUGCCCGGCGAGUCAAGGCGGAUACUCAUCGAGAGGGAGGAUGAUCUGGCAGCGCUGAACGAGAUGCAGUUUGCUUGCGUCGGCGUUCUUCCCACCACGCCGCAUUGCGCUCGCGUGUCCACGCUGCUGAACGUGCGCGAGACGCGGCGGCAAGAGGUGGGCGCCUUGAUCGAGGUCGUUUCGGUGGGAAGAAUUCACGCAAGCCAGAUCGAGCACGAUCGCUGCUUCACUGCGCAUGCGAGGCCGGCGUUUGACGGCCGCGCCGAGCCGGACAUCGACAUCCGAAAGCUCGUCGCCGAACUCCGCUCCACAGCCGAGCAGCACGAUACCAUCCGGCGGAAGCUCAGAUCGACGCCUCUUCCUGUCAGAAUCCCCGGCUCCUUCCUCAGCGACGAGGUAGGGACGCUGAGCGGGAUGGUGGUCCCGACGGGACGCGGUACGCACCCGGGCUCGUGGCUGGAGCAGGAGUGCGCCCGGAUGCGCGAGGAGCUCUGCGUGACGGAUCUGGACGCAGCCCCAGCCGCCUCGCUCGAGCGGCUCCAUGCGCUAUGGGGCGUGCCGGACGAGGAAUCUGCCGAGCUGCUGCUGCUCUCCUUCGCCGCGUGCGCUUCGCUCACCGCCACGCAGCGCGCCCUCGCCUGUGGCACGCUCGACACGGCCGAGCGCUUGCGGUAUGCGCGCCGCUGCCUGCUCGAAGGCACCAGCCAAUUCUCGCGUGCCUCGACGCGCGUCGCGGCCGAGUACGGCUCGAUGGCACAGCGCGUCGCCACGGAUAAGAUGCGGCAGGAACGUAAAGGCCACUGA